AGUUGCAUCACGUGAUAGUUCUUGUACCCUCUAACCUGUACCCUGAUUGCUGACCUCUUUUGUCCUUUUUGUUUAUGUUGUUGUUUUCAUGGCAGAACAAUAUCAAGUCAGCUGUGAAAGUGCCACAAACAAGACCAGGAGCGGAGUAGUAGGUGUACUCGUUGCUGAUGAUCUCUCGACAGAAGAUGUUAUAAAACAAAUAAGCCGUCGUCUGGAGAUCCUUAGCAGUGAUGUCAGCGAAAUCACCGAUUCUAUGCAAGGCUUGAAGAAAAGGGAGGACCUCCAGGACCAAAAUGUCCAGGCUCAAUUCCGUUGUCUUGAAAAGAGGCUCAUUGGUAUCGCUCACCAAGCCCUAGUCCCGGCCAUGGAUGAUGCUGUCAAAAAAGUUGAGGAGGAGUCAAGGAGGCUAAGUGGUGUUUGUGAGGGUGUUCGCAAGAAGGUUGAUUUGGAGUCUGAGAAAUUAGAAGGUGUGUCAACGAAGGUUAAUCAAGAAUCAGACAAAUUGGAAGAUGUUUCCAGGAAGGUGAAUGAGGAGUCUAAGAAACUGGAAGGCCUCUCCGAAAAAGUAGACAAUGAGUCCAAGAAAUUGGAAGACAUUUCUAAGAAGGUCAAUCAGGAGUCUGAAAAAUUGGAAGGUGUUUCCAGAAAAGUGGACGAAAAAUCAGAGAAACUGGAUCAAGAGUCAAGAAGACUGGAUGGUUUCACUGAGAAAGUAGAUCAAGUAGAUGACGCAGCAUCUAACUUAACUCGCUUAUCAAGUGAAGUAUCAGAGCUUAAAAAGUAUGUCAAAGAGCUUGAGUCUUAUAAAAUAAACCGUCGUCGUUCCUCUGACCGCCUUGAUAAUGAUCGUAAUAUAAGCUCAUAUGAAAAUUUCAUUACUAUCCUAAUACAAUUGAUUGACAAGUUUCUCCUUCAACCUAACCGCACUCCUCCUCCUCCAAACUUCUCCAGAUUACGGUCACGGUCCUACAGUUUUUCAGCAUCCGAUUCAGCAUUCGAGGACGAACUGGAUGAUGUCUUUGAAACUCCUGUCUCUCCAACAUCUUCCAUUACAAGAAAUCCUACUUUGAACCAAGAAGACAAAAAAUUAUUGAUUAAUAUUCGUCGCAUGUUGUCAGACAAAUCAAAGUAGUUCACACUUCACGCUAUGUAUGUCUCAGUCCUGUGGUCAAGCAAGCUGUACAAUUGAAGCUGUUUUGCAUGAUUUUUGUUAUUGUCUUUCCCUUUCAUUUCUUCAAAACUUCUACAUAAAAUAAACAAGUAUGAUGGCCAUGCAAUGUUAAUUAAACU